GAGAACAUGGCGUCUGUGGAAGCUGGAGCAGAGGAGAACCUGAUGAAGAUGAUGAAGAGGAGUCAGACCACAGCAGGGCCGAGGAGGGCUGCUCUGGGAGAGAUCACCAACAACACCAAGAUUAAUAUUGAAGACAUCCAAACUAUGAAGGAACACAUAUGGAAUUAUGAGAGGACGGGACCUUCAAAAGCAUCAACCAAACAACCGUGUGCCCAGAAAGCUAAACCGGUGGUGCAUCCAGUGAUCCAGGUCCCGGAACCUGCAGAUCUUCUCCUCCCAGUUUCAAAUGAGUCUGCUGACGUGUCCCUGGAGGAGGAGGAUGAGCUGUGCCAGGCUUUCUCCGAGGCGCUGCUCACUGUGCAGGACGUCGACGAGCAGGACUCAGACCUGCCGCAGCUCUGCUCAGAAUACAUCAAAGAUAUCUACAACUACCUGCACGAGCUGGAGGUGCAGCAGGCUGUACGAGCCGACUACAUGCAGGGUUAUGAAAUCACUGAACGCAUGCGAGCUCUUCUGGUCGACUGGCUGGUCCAGGUCCACUCCAGGUUCCAGCUGCUGCAGGAGACCCUGUACCUCACAGUCGCCGUCAUGGAUCGUUUCCUUCAGGUCCAGCCGGUCUCACGCAGGAAGCUGCAGCUGGUCGGUGUGACCGCCAUGCUGGUGGCCUGUAAAUACGAGGAGAUGUACGCUCCGGAGGUCGGAGACUUCACCUACAUCACGGACAACGCGUUCACGAACGCUCAGGUUCUGGAGAUGGAGCAGCUGGUUCUGAAGGCCCUCAACUUUGAGCUGGGACGUCCUCUUCCACUGCACUUCCUCAGACGGGCCUCCAAGGUGGCCAAUUCUGACGUAGAGAGACACACGCUGGCCAAGUAUCUGAUGGAGCUGACCCUCCUGGACUACGACAUGGUUCACUACCGGCCCUCUGAGAUCGCUGCUGCCGCUCUGUGUCUCUCCCAGCUGCUGCUGGAGGGGCUGCCCUGGUCUCCCACACAGCAGCACUACUCCACUUACGACGCGGCUCACCUGAAGCCGAUCAUGCAGCACGUCGCCAAAAACGUCGUGAUGGUGAACGAGGGGAAGACGAAGUUCCAGUCCAUCAAGAACAAGUACUCGAGCAGCAAGCUGAUGAGGAUCAGCCUCAUCCCUCAGCUGAGGUCGUCCACCGUCACGACGCUGGCGGCCGCUCUGCUCAGAGAACCUUGAGGAGAACUUUUCAUGAGUGGACAUUUUUAAAAAGCACUUUAUCUCUGAUUCAUCGCGAUCUGUGGAGACACUUAUCUAAACAUGUUUUUAUAAUUUAUGAACCAGGCUUUGUUUUUUUGGCACUAGUGAGAUUUAAAAUGUUUUACUGAAACUCUUUAUGGUACGACAGAUUUUGCUCCAAUGCAGCUUCACCUGCAGCGUCCAUCAAACCCGGAGUUGAGAAGUUGUGCUGCUUUUAAUCAGAAGUUGUCUACUUCUUUACUAAAUGGUUUAUUUUCUAGUCUACCUCGUGGAUGAAACUGGAGCCUUAUUGUGUUUUGUUUAAAACAUUUGGAACCACAUACAACCUGCUUUAGUUGUGUCUCAUGUUCUCUAUCAUGCAUUUUAAUGUGUUCAUAUACAUAUUGUGCAUAAUUGCAUUUUGCAUGCUGUGGAAUUCAUCUCUUUGACUUUGUUGGAUAUUUAUCUGAAUCUACUUUGUUCACAACACUAAAAUUGUUUUAGACUUUUCUUGUAUUUUAGCAGCCGUGUCUGAGGUCUCAGUUUGGAUCUGGUUUUUAGUUGCAGCUGUUUGUUUAUCCAUCACAAGUUUCGUAUUUGGUUAGAACUUGUAUGUGUUGUGUGCUACCCUGUUUAAAGUGAAUUACCUUUUUUAUUAAUAUUUAUAACUGUUUUGAACUUUUAAAAAGCUGGAGCAACCCGUUCUAAAAUAUUAAACAUUUUGCAG